GUCACACUAUUAAGAGGAGUGUUGUCCUUCCCAUAGUCAAACUUCGUGCAAACUGAAAAAACCCAAACCCAAAGCAACACGCAUUUUACACUUCUGCAAAUGAUCACUUUGUGAUGGUGGUUACUGUCAAUGGCGGAUCCGUACAGAACGAACCCUCACCCUCACGCUUCUUCUUCACCUCUCGAAUCCGAAGACAUGUCUUCUUUCUUCCUCAAUUUUCUUCAAAAUUCAUCUGCUUCCACGUCAGCGGCUGCGGCUGGGUUCUAUCACCGAUCGGCGCCGGAAACGGCGGCUGAUUCAUCAUCUAACCUCAAUUUCUCCGAUCCCGGCCGAUUUUAUGCGGCGGAGUUUAAAGAAGGCGUUGAGAAUGUGUUUGCUUCAGCUGGCCUCGGGGAUUGUGACGCCAUGGAUUCAGCUAAUAGGAGAGAGUUUCUCGAAGAUGACAAGGUCGAUAAUUUCGGUUUUAGUAGCGAGGAAUGCGAUGGACUUGACAUGCCAGCUAAUCAGAAUCAUUCACGUUCCUCCAAGAGGAGUAGAUCUGCUGAAGUUCAUAACUUAUCCGAAAAGAGGAGGAGGAGUAGGAUCAAUGAGAAACUGAAAGCACUGCAGACUCUAAUCCCAAAUUCUAACAAAACAGACAAGGCAUCUAUGCUUGAUGAAGCCAUUGAGUAUCUGAAGCAACUUCAACUGCAAGUUCAGAUGCUUACCUUGAGGAACGGAUUGAGUUUAUACCCGGGAUAUGUCCCUGGGUCUUUGCAGUCAGUGCAACUUCCAUCUGGUAAUGAAUUUGAUGGGAGAAGUUUUAUGCUGAGUGCAAAUGGAGGAGCCACACUUCCUGGGAAUCGAGAAGUGCCGCAGACUGCAUUUGCAAUUUCCAAUCAGAAUCUAUCAGGCAAACCAACAAUAACGUCAAAUAAUGCAGAAAACUCACUAGCUUUAGAAACUACGAUUCAGAAUCAUUAUGGACUUCUUAACCAUUUAGCAUCUUCUAAGGACAUAUGCCGGGGCGAUACACUAUCAAGAUUGCAUUUAGAUAUGAGUUGCUCCGGAAACAAUUCCUCUUCAGGGGUGUCUUCUUAACCAAAAUCUAUAAAGAUCAAGUACUCGAUGAGUUGGUGUAGAUGGAAUUAACUGGUGAUACUGUGAAACUCCAAUUGUUUUUACAUCUCAUUAAGUUAAAAUAUUUGCCUAAUGGUCGCUGAGAUAUCCUUAAUUGUUGUGCUCAAUGAGCAUAAACGGAACUGUGCUUUUGCAACUGCUGAAACUUGAAUUUGACAAGAUAACUAGUUGUUGACAAAAUAACCUUUCAAGCUUUUUAGAUGCUUGUAGUGUUGGACGUUUCAAGUUCUUCCACUAUCAUACUAGAAAAUGAAGAUAUACUACUGUUUUAAAUGCCUG